AUGCCUGUAUUUAUAGAACUUAACCAGCAAGUUUAUCAACGAUUACAUCAACAAUUACUAAAUCGAAUAACAGACGAAGAACAGAUAUUACAUAAUGGAAUGAAAGAUCCUGUAACAAAUCCAGCAAUAUUAGAAAAGAAGCCUUGGAAUCGAUCAAUGAUGUAUUUACGAUAUGCGUAUGAAGCGGGACCUCGUAGUGGCAAUCAUAGUUUUGUUAUAAAAGCUACUCCAGUCUAUGAUGGACGGAUUCGAGUAGAUUAUGAAUUACAAGUAUGGAAAAGUUACUACAAAUUAGCUACUGAACAUAAACAUUGGGCUAAAGAAGUAGUUGAUCGUACAAAAAAACGUAAUGAACAUGUCAAUUUACCUUUCAUAGAAAAGAAAAUUGAUCAAGCUUGUACGAAAAUCAAUGACAUACAAAUACAUUUAGCUACCUAUUGGUUACAAAUACCAACUGCAUCAGCAGCAGUAGCAGCAGCGGUGGCAUCGAUUAAUACUACUACCAAUAGUAAUAAAAAUGUCUCGAAUCGUACCAGAAUUAAAAACAUUGAAAAAUUAUUAACCGAUUAUAUUAAAGAAAACAUUCAACGUAUCAAGAAAAUGUCUGCAAUUCGUCUUGAAAUACGUAUAAUGAAGAAAAAUUAUCAUACUACAACAAAACGUUUACAAAUGAAUAUAUUUCCAAAACUUAUUGCAAAAACAAAUUUUCAAUUUAAAUUUCAUGAAUCUAUUCUUGAUAGACAUGAAAUGCAAGAGUUAGAUUUGAUACUUCAAAAUUUACAUUCUUCUACUUCAAAUACAAAUACAAAUACAAAUUUAGAUUCAAAUCAUUUUAAACCGAAGAAAACGAUAAAUUAUCGUCGUACAAUUAAACGACUUCAACAUAAAUUUCGUUUAACAAAUACAAUUCUUCGUAAAACUGAUAAAUCCAAAGUCUUUCAUUUGGGAACUGUCGAACAUUAUGAAAAGCAAUCCAAAGACUAUAUGGAGCGAACAAAAGCUUAUGAUUGUAUUGGCCAAAUUGAUCCAUUACCAGAAUUAAUCAAGCACACCAAUAAAUAUUUACUUGAUUUACGCCUUAAGAAAUGGAUUACACCAAAGCAAUAUGAGCAAUUGUGCCUUAAACAAACAGAUGAUAUUGAAUUAGCACAUCUUUAUUAUCUGCCAAAGGCUCAUAAACCGUUAACUCCACUUCGUCCAAUUAUGUCUGGCAGGAAACAUCCUACAACUAAAAUUUCCAAAUAUUUAGAUGAUCUAUUAAGACCAUUAUUCAAUCAAAUGGCUUCCAAAUCAACUAUUACUUGUGGUUUCGAAUUGAUCAAACAUCUACAAAAAUGGACAUCAAUAAACUUACGUCAAGGAACAAGUUUAUGUACCAUCGAUGUUGUUGAUCUCUACACAAUGAUACCACAAAUGGAAGGAGUUUUGGCAUUAGAAAAAAUGAUAGAUCAUCUACAAUUAAAACAAGUUGAUGGAUUAACUAAAGAAACCAUUAUACGAUUAGCAAAAUUUGUGAUGCAAAAUAAUUAUUUUAAAUACAAAAAUGAUUAUUAUCAUCAAAUUCGUGGAGGAGCAAUGGGCUCUCCACUUACACUUACCAUUGCUAAUUGUUAUAUGUUCUUCUUCGAACAAUCCAUCAUCAGACAAAUUAAUAAUAGCUAUGGAUUAUACUUUCGUUAUAUCGACGAUAUAAUUAUAUUAAUUAAUUGGCCUAAUCGUCACUUGAAGAAAGAAAUCAAUCGAUGGAAUACUUUUGAUGAAAAUAUACAAUUGUCUGAUAAUAUUAGCAAUUGUAUUAACUUCCUCGAUCUUCAUAUUGAAAACCAAAAAGGUCAAUUAAUCACUAAAGUAUAUCACAAGCCAUCAUAUCAACCUUAUUAUUUACCAUUCAACAGCAUUCAUCCACUACAUAUGAAGGCAAACAUACCAUUCACAAUGUUACUACGUGCAAUUCGGUAUUGUUCAAGCUUUGAAGAUUAUUUUGACGAACGUGGUAAAUUAAGAAUGGAUCUAUUAGUUAAUAAAUAUCCGGUUAAAUUUAUCGAUAAACACUUCACUCGUCUUCUUGAUAAAUUCAAUAUUCAUGAACUAUUAAACAUGUACAACUAUAAUACACUACGACAACAAGUUGUUGAUACUCCUCAUGAAGCAAAAGCGGCAAUUAAUUAUCAAAAGACAUUAUUUGUCCAUUUUACUUACUGUCAAAAUAUGACAACUUUUCCACGACAUUUCCAUACACUUUGGAAUAAAUAUUUUGAACAGUCUCCAAUCAAUGAAGUAACUCCAAUACUUGGCACUCAACGAGAAGAAGACAAACAAAAUGAAAUUAAAGUUAUGGAUAUAGAUGAUGCUAAUGAUGACUCUGAAGUCAUUGAUUUACGUACACCAGUAAAUGAAAUAGUAGCAACAUCAGUUCUGACAUUAACAGAUAAUACUGGAAUACCAUUGAGACCUAUUAUUUCUUCAAUAAAUGGGCCAACAAAUAAUGUAUCACAUUUCUUGGAUCAUCUUAUACGACCUUUAUUCGAUCAUGUAGCAAAACAAACGACAUUUAUAAAUGAUAUUGAUCUUGUACGACAGUUAGAAAAAUACCAAGAGAAUGGUCAUCUAUUACCAACAACUCAUUUUAUUACAUUUGAUGUAACUGAUUUGUAUACAAUGAUACCAAGAAAUGGAGCAUUAGAAGCAUUAGGACGAUUUCUAGCUAAAGCAUCCACAGGAGGCAAAAUUGGUAAUUUAUCAAUUGAUACCAUCUUGAAAUUAGCUCGUCUAGUAUUAGAUACGAAUUAUUUUGUCUAUAAUAAUAAAUAUUAUCGACAAAUCAAAGGUGGAGCUAUGGGUUCAGCAUUUACAAUGACAUUAGCCAAUGUCUAUAUGUUAGAAUGGGAACAACCAUUACCCAGGUCAAACCCACCCGGUCGUAAACGAUCGUAA